CUCUCACACCCUGAAACCUGAGAGGGGGAUUCCUUUAAGGGGCAGCCGGAGCUUUCCAGGCAUCCCAAAUGACAUCCCCGAAAAGUGGCACCUCCUGGCCUCAGCCCUGUCUUUGGGGAGAUGGAGGUGGGCUUGGGGAUCCAGCAGGAUUUGGGGAUUUCACAGGGAUUAGGGACAGAGAAAGAGGAAGGAGUAGGAAAAAAGGGGAAAGCAAAAUGGGAUAAAGAAGGGGAAAAGAGGGCCAUGAAGGGGGGCUAAAAAAGGGGAAGAAGUGAGGAAAAAAAGAAAGCAGAAGGAAAGAACGAGAUAAGGAAAAAGUUGGCAAAGAAGGGACAAAACAGGCGGGAAGGGAAGAAAGGGACGACACAACUGGUGAAAAUUAAAAAAAAAAAAAAAAAAGAAAAAAAAAAGAAAGAAAGAAAGAAAGAAACAGGGGAAAGAAUGGGAUAAAGAAUAAAAGAAGGAUAGGGGACAAAAGAGGUGACAGGGAAAGGGACAGGGAAACAAGGGUGUAGAGAAAAAAAAAGGGGAAGAAAACGGUGAAGCAAAAAGGGGGCAAAGAGCAGGUAAAGAUGGAGACAAGGAAAGACGCCGGCAAUGAAGGGCGAGGAACGAAGCGGGAAAAGAUGCGAAGACAGGGACAGAGCAGGGAACGAGGACAGCGGGCCGGGGGCUCUCCCACGGCGGAGGAGGAGUCUCCUCCUGCCCCAGCAGGGGCGUCCGGAGGGGCGGCCCCUUCCCGCUCCGUCCGAGAUCUUCGGGAAACGAAACCAGCGCCGCUGUGCCCGCCCCGCCGUGCGCCUCCACCUCCGGAGCCCCGCGCGUUCCUCAGGUGCCGCCGAGCAUGCAGCAGCCCCUGCCGCCCUACGAGGUGCUGCCGGCCGAGGUGAACAUGGAGGAGCUGCCCCGCAGCACCACCGUGCUGCUGGAGGAGCCGCCGCGCCCGCCCCGCGACCACCUGGUCUGGUCCCUCUGCACCACCCUCUACGGCAACUUCUGCUGCCUCGGCCUGAUGGCCUUCGUCUUCUCCGUCAAGUCCAGGGACCGCAAAGUGCUGGGUGACUACAGCGGGGCACUGAGCUACGGCUCCACGGCCAAGUGGCUGAACAUCACGGCUCUGGUGAUCCACAUCAUCAUCGUCGUCAUCGUCAUCGUCAUCAUCGCCCUGGCCGUCUCCGGGGUCCUCAGUCACAUGAACCCCCCACCCCCGUACGGCCGGAACCCUUACUCCUUCUCCGGCAACACUUAGCUCCCUCCUUGUCCUGCGGGCACGCCCCGCCGGAGGGAUCCCCUCACCCCUCGGAGCCAGGGAGUGCCCUCCUGCCACAAAAACUGCAAACGGACACUCCACAGGCCCCUCCUGGGAGCCUGCUGGUGUCGUGUCCCUCUUUUGUGGAGCCCUUGCUGCUGGCUGUCCUUGCUGGAGGUGUCUGGGGAUGGAUGCUGCUGUGAGAGGAGCACAGCAUCCCCAACCCCAUCAUAGCCUGCUUGCUGCUUUGUUCUGGGUCUGGAGGCCCAACUGCCUCACAGCUAUUCCGAGGAGGAGCACCUGGUUCAGAGAGACCCUGAUCUCCAAAAUAAAGGUUUUAUUUCACUUUU